CCGUUUGCGUUGUUAUGAUAGCGUGUAGACUCUGGUUUUCCACUUCCUGUUACAUAUACUUUGGGCCUAUAUAUCGGUCAUGAAUGACGUACCAUAUGCAUAGACACUUGGAUUCGAUGUACUGUAUAAUGACUUCGCUUGAGAUUUCAAACACCAAAUAUACAUGCCUUUUCCCAGGAAUGCUAAGCUUGCCUGCUUUGCUCGUUGCAAGUUCAUUGUUUGUUCAAUGUGGGACAGUACAGCAAACGGGACAAUGAAGCGGAUUGCAAGUGAUCAGCCGAUGGUCACACGGCGGAAGGCGGGAGGAGCAGCGGAGAGCAAC